UAACAAUCUUUUGUGAGCAUUCAAGUUUAACGAAAACGAGUACAUUUAAAUUCGUUUAAAUAUUUGAAUAAAGGAAUAUAUCAAAUAUGAUAAAAAAAUUAUUAAUAUUCACAUUAUUCACCUUAAUGGAAUAUAUCAAUUGCUGUGCUAUAAUGACUGAUCGCCCGAUAAGUGAAGUAAUGGAACAAAAUCUGAACUCACCAUGGCUGGUGCUUAUUAUGGAUAAUAAAAAGAAAUCGUUUCCACCAGGUAUCGGCUAUGGGUCAAUUAUAAACGAAAAUCUCGUUUUAACGGCAGCAAAGGCAGUUUCUGAUCAUAACAUGGGUCAUUUAGUAUUAAUGACUGAUUGUGACAUGAAUAGUUAUACUGGAGGAACUCCUAGAUCUGAAUCUUGCGUAUAUAGAAGAGUAUUUCUAAUCUAUUAUGAGAACAAAGCUUUUUCUACAACUGUUAAAGAAAAUUAUUGGGCCAUGUUAAAUGUGGAUAAACCGUUUGAACUGACCAAGCGAGUGAAUACCAUCCCAUUGAUAAACGAUAAUAGUAUUGAUGAUAUCGAUAAAAAUAAUUGUUUGGUUUACCACUGGGCACUUGCAGUUAAUGACCUCGAUUCAGCAUUCAUUACAAUGGAGUAUUCAGUUGUGUCUGAUGAAGAAGGAUUCAAAAUAACCAGGGAUGAAGAACAAAAAUUUAAUGACGAUACAGACUGUAUUCUCGAUUCUUGUCCGUUUGAAAGAGAUCACGAAGAAACAAAAUCGUUCAAUAUGAGUUUCUUAGGAAGUCCAAUAGCAUGUCCACUUAAAAGCGACCCAACCAAAUAUAUACAAGCUGGUUUUGCAACAAUUGUUUACGAAAUAUAUUCGCAAAAACCACUAUACUAUGAAUAUAUGAAUGGAACUUUAUAUGAUCUAUCUUAUGGACAAGAGUCUCUUAAUAAAUUAGUAACAGAACUUACAAACUCAAGAGGGAAAAAAAGAACAUAAACAAUUAGAGUAUAAACUGUAAAAAUGAGCUCUUUGAAUCCAAAAUUACAAAAGUUUACAACCCAUACUGUAAUUUAAAAAUCUUUUUUUAAAAUAAAGUUAUUGCAAUUAA